ACAAACACGCUCUCACAACAGAGGAAGACAGUCCUCGACUGCAGAGGAAGCAGGAAGCGCCGGCCCUGCUCUGAGCCCAGCUGCCAGGCUCGGGGACGGCGGGAUGGAGUCUGUGGCCCUGUACAGCUUCCAGGCCACGGAGAGUGAUGAGCUGGCCUUCAACAAGGGGGACACACUGAAGAUCCUGAACAUGGAAGAUGACCAGAACUGGUACAAGGCCGAGCUCCGGGGCGCCGAGGGCUUUAUCCCCAAGAACUACAUCCGCGUCAAGCCGCACCCAUGGUACUCGGGCAGGAUUUCCCGGCAGCUGGCCGAAGAGAUUCUGAUGAAGCGGAACCACCUGGGAGCCUUCCUGAUCCGGGAGAGCGAGAGCUCCCCAGGGGAGUUCUCCGUGUCCGUGAACUACGGGGACCAGGUGCAGCACUUCAAGGUGCUGCGCGAGGCGUCAGGGAAGUACUUCCUGUGGGAGGAGAAGUUCAACUCCCUCAACGAGCUGGUUGACUUCUACCGCACCACCACCAUCGCCAAGAAGCGCCAGAUCUUCCUGCGGGACGAGGAGCCCCUGGUCCAGCCGCCAAGGGCCUGCUUUGCCCAGGCCCAGUUUGACUUCUCCGCCCAGGACCCCUCACAGCUCAGCUUCCGCCGCGGCGACAUCAUCGAGGUCCUGGAGCGCCUGGACCCCCACUGGUGGCGGGGCCGGCUCUGCGGGCGCGUGGGCUUCUUCCCGCGGAGCUACGUCCAGCCAGUGCACCUGUGACCGUGGUGGGGCCCCGGGGGCAGAGCCGGCAGAUCCCCCGUCCACUGACACUGAGGUCCAGAGAAAGGACAUGGACACCCCCGCCCCAGGUCCCACAAGGUGAGCCGAGGGCUUUGGACUGGAACGUGGGCCUCGUAACUGCCGCCUCCCGCCACUUGACACCAAGUGGGACCGACCCCAGCGCCCCAGCAUCACUGCAGCGUUCGUCGCCCCCCUGGCACCGGGAGCUCCCGGGGCUUCCCGCUGGCCUCUUCCCAUUGGUCACCAGCUGUGAGAUGCCAUAAGGCGGGGCCUCUGCCAGCCCCGCCCACUCCUACCACCAAGGGCCCCAUCCCCAGGGAGGGUUGAGGACUCCUAGGUCCACCCAUAGGGGGUCCAACCCAAGGAGUCAUGGGCUUGGUGGGUGGGUUCACCUCAGGCAGACUAACCCCUGGGCCUGCCUGCCCCUCCCUCAAAAGGCCCCUCAGGUGUUCUGGCUACUGGGUCUGGCAAGGGCGCUGCACACCUGUUGACCUGGACUCGCUGGACAGACUCCAGGUGGAGACCGACCUCUCGGCAGCGCCACGGCGACUUUGGGCUCCACCUGAGCAUCCAAUACGCCCACCCCACCACGGACACUUUGGGGAGGGGCUGGAGGCCCUGAGGCCCUGAGGCGGGGGCGGCAGUGGUGAAAGAAAGGGAGCCAGCGGCUCCUCUCCUGCUGGGUCCCAGCAACGGACAGGCUCUGAGGGCCAGGCCCUGGACACAGCCACUGGGGACACUGCUGCCCCGGCUCUUGUUAGUUCAGGCCCAGGUUCCGCCCAGACCACCGCCCCGGGGGAGCCUGGGGGAACCACAGGCCACUAGGAAGUUGGGGGCCAGAGCUGGACUUGGAAGUCCAGCAGCGUCCAGAAGGGGGCGGACAGUCUGGGGGGGCCCAGCCUGAGGAAAGGCAGGCGUCCACAUGGAGUGUGCGACCAGCAGGGGUCCAAGCAGCACCACCUGGAGCCUGGGCACCUCGGGAGCAGGAGGAGUGAGGGGACUCAGAGAGGGCCCUGAACGCCAGGCUGACGGGCGGAGGGGGCGGAGGGGGCGGUGAACAGGGAGGGAGCGAGAGGAGGCUCCUGUGGCAUCUGGGAGCAGGUGGGACGAGGGAGGGUCCGGGAAGGAGGCGCUUCGGGCCCUCACUAGGCACAGAGGCUCUCCCUCCGCCCAGGGCUGGCCCGAGACCCUUGAGCCCCCCAGCUCUGGCAGGUUGUGUGCUCCUGACCUGGGCCUGUGUGCUCAAAAUAAAAACAGGAAAACGA